AUGACAAUGUCGAUGGUUAUCUGCAAACCAUCUCAACCUUUUCUCCAAAUUCGCAAUUCUUGUAAAAGUUCUAGGCCUCCAUCUAAAGAUAAGGUGGUGGUUGUUUUGGGAGCCACUGGCACGGGUAAGUCCAGACUCUCCAUCAAUCUUGCUACGCGAUUUCACGGGGAGGUGGUCAAUGCAGAUAAAAUACAAGUCUACGAGGGAUUGGACGUGAUUACAAACAAAAUUACAGAUGAAGAGAGUUGUGGUGUGCCGCACCACCUUUUGGGAUUCAUGAAUCCUGCGGCAGAUUUUACAAGUACUGAUUUUUGUGACAGGGCUUCCUCUGCUUUGGCCUCUGUAGUGGAACGACGACGAGUUCCUAUUAUUGCAGGAGGCUCAAAUUCGUACAUUGAGGCUCUCGUUGACAGUAAGAUGCAUGGAUUUCAUUCGAGGUACGACUGUUGUUACCUAUGGCUGGAUGUCUCAAUGCCAGUGCUACACCAAGUUAUAUCGGAACGUGUUGACGUGAUGGUUGACAAGGGGAUGGUGGAAGAGGCCAGGCAAUAUUUCAACCCGAAUGGUGAUUAUUCAAAGGGGAUAAGGAGGGCCAUUGGGGUGCCUGAGUUUGAUUAUUACUUUCGAGUUGAGGCAUUUGCGGAUGAAGAAACUAGGACAAGGCUGCUGCAGAAAGCUAUAUAUGAUGUGAAGAUAAACAGUUGCAGAUUAGCUUGUCGUCAGCUAGAAAAGAUUUUACGACUGAGGAACGACAAGGGAUGGAAUAUUUACAGGCUUGAUGCCACUGACGCGUUGCAGAAGAAUGCCAAGGAGUCCAGUAAGGCAUGGAAGGAGCUUGUUCUGGAGCCGAGCAUGAAAAUUGUAAACAAAUUUCUUACCACUCCUGGCCCCAACAUAUAUACUAAUAAAGUACCAACACUGACAGCCAUGGCUGCUUCAAUCCGCUAA